GUUUGGUAUUAAUUAGUUUUUUUGCAUAUAAAAUCUGAUCCAGUCUUACUAUUAUGAAUGUAAUAGAAAAUAUUUUUAAUGCAAUGCAUCGUGUUUGUCCCACUUGGCUCGAAAAUACAUUUAUAUCUUUGUACUUUAAGGCCAAAAGUAUUUCAACGAAUGGUUUUUAUGCAAAACAUUGUAAUUCUGCAAUAAUAAAACAAGACAAUAUGAAGGUCCAAAUAUUACCUGCACUCCAAGAUAAUUACAUGUAUCUAAUUAUUGAUGAAGCAUCGCAGGAGGCUGCGAUUGUGGAUCCUGUAGAUCCUGAGAGUGUUGCAUGUGCAGUUCAACAAAAUAACGUAUGCUUAACAAAAGUUCUAACUACUCAUCACCAUUGGGAUCAUGCUGGAGGAAAUGCAAAUUUGUGUAAGAAAUUUAAUAAUCUUCAAGUGUAUGGCGGAGAUGAUAGAAUAGAGGCACUUACAUGUAAAGUAAAGCACAAUGAUACUUUCAACAUUGGAAGAUUACAAGUUCAAUGUCUAGCAACACCAUGUCAUACCAGUGGUCACAUCUGUUAUUAUAUCACAGGAGAUCAAGAUUCUCCAGCAGUGUUUACAGGUGAUACACUUUUUGCUGGUGGUUGUGGCAGAUUCUUUGAAGGUACUGCAGAGCAAAUGUAUAAAGCACUUGUAGAAAUUUUGGGAUCACUACCUAAUGAAACAAAAGUAUACUGUGGUCAUGAGUACACAGGAAAUAAUUUAAAAUUUGGGAAACAUGUGGAGCCAGAAAAUGAAGCAAUUCGUCAAAAAAUAGAAUGGGUUCGUAUACAACGCGAAAAGAAUAAUCCUACUGUACCAAGUACUAUUCAGGAAGAGAAAUUAACAAAUCCAUUUAUGCGAGUUCACGAACAAUCCGUGAUGGAUCACACUGAACAAAAAGAUCCAAUUCAAACUAUGGCAUUCCUUAGAAGGGAGAAGGAUAACUUUAAAGCAUAAAUUUAUUACUGUUACAAAAAAAAUCAGUGAUAGUUGUAUGCUUCUUUUAAUCAACAUACAAUGUUCUUCCUAAACAAUUUUUAUUCAUUUUAUUUAUAAAAUUUUACUCCAGUUUUCUAUACAUAAAUAUUGACAUAUGUGCAAAUAUACGAUUAUAAAUUAAGUAUUUAUAAAUAUCAUUUAUCUUAAAUACAAGUACUACGUUAUAUUUAAAGACA